UUCUUCAUAACCUCCACACUCCCUUUAUAUACAUUCCUCUCCCAAAGAGCUUCCACCAACUAGAAACUUUGAGCCAAAGAAAAAAAUAAGAAAGCUCUCUCAAAUCCCACGAAAACAAACACUUCUUGUUAUUCAUAGCCAAGUCUUUCUUUAGAGACUCUUGUUGUUAAAGUUUCUUGUAGAUAUAUGGCAUCAAAGACUGAAGGCAAGGCCAUUGGUAUUGAUCUUGGCACAACCUACAGUUGUGUAGGUGUGUGGCAGAAUGAUCGUGUCGAGAUCAUAGCCAAUGACCAAGGCAACAGAACUACUCCAUCUUAUGUCGCCUUCACAGAUACUGAACGUUUGAUAGGUGAUGCAGCAAAGAACCAAGUUGCCAUGAAUCCUCUAAACACUGUUUUCGAUGCGAAAAGACUUAUCGGGAGGCGUUUCUCUGAGCCUUCUGUUCAGAGUGACAUGAAGCACUGGCCUUUUAAGGUGAUUCCAGGUCCUGGUGAUAAGCCUAUGAUUGUUGUUAAGUACAAAGGUGAAGAGAAACAGUUUGCGGCCGAGGAGAUAUCUUCUAUGGUUUUGACGAAAAUGAGGGAGAUUGCUGAGGCUUAUCUGGGCCAUUCUAUUAAGAAUGCGGUCGUUACGGUGCCUGCUUAUUUCAAUGACUCGCAAAGGCAGGCUACCAAGGAUGCUGGUGCUAUUUCUGGGCUGAAUGUUUUGAGGAUUAUUAAUGAACCUACUGCUGCUGCUAUUGCUUACGGUCUGGAUAAAAAGGCGUCUCGAAGCGGAGAGCAGAAUGUUCUUAUUUUCGAUCUUGGUGGUGGGACGUUCGAUGUUUCUCUGUUGACGAUCGAGGAGGGGAUUUUUGAAGUGAAGGCUACUGCGGGUGAUACUCAUCUUGGAGGUGAGGACUUUGAUAACAGGCUUGUUAAUCAUUUUGUUGGAGAGUUCAAGAGGAAGCACAAGAAGGAUAUUAGUGGCAAUCCAAGAGCUUUGAGAAGGUUGAGGACUGCGUGUGAGAGGGCGAAGAGGACUUUGUCUUCGACUACGCAGACGACUAUUGAAAUUGAUUCUCUCUAUGAAGGUAUUGAUUUCUAUUCUAGUAUUACUAGAGCAAGGUUUGAAGAAUUGAACAUGGAUUUGUUUAGAAAGUGUAUGGAACCAGUGGAGAAAUGUCUUCGCGACUCCAAGAUUGAUAAGAGUCAAGUUCAUGAGGUUGUUCUUGUUGGUGGUUCAACAAGAAUCCCCAAAGUUCAGCAACUCUUGCAAGAUUUCUUCAAUGGCAAGGAACUUUGCAAGAGCAUCAAUCCUGAUGAAGCUGUUGCAUACGGAGCUGCCGUCCAAGCUGCAAUUUUGAGCGGUGAAGGGAAUGAGAAGGUUCAAGAUUUGCUUCUUCUUGAUGUCACUCCUCUUAGCCUUGGAAUUGAGACCGCUGGUGGUGUAAUGACUGCCUUGAUUCCAAGAAACACAACGAUUCCUACCAAGAAGGAGCAAGUCUUCUCCACAUAUUCUGAUAAUCAGCCAGGAGUGCUAAUUCAGGUUUAUGAAGGUGAAAGGGCUAGAACCAAGGACAAUAACCUUCUCGGUAAAUUUGAGCUCGCUGGCAUCCCACCUGCUCCUAGAGGAGUCCCUCAGAUCAAUGUAUGUUUCGACAUUGAUGCUAAUGGCAUUCUGAAUGUUUCUGCCGAGGAUAAGACUGCAGGAGUGAAGAACAAGAUCACCAUCACCAAUGACAAGGGAAGGUUGAGUAAAGAUGAGAUUGAGAGAUUGGUGCAAGAAGCAGAGAAGUACAAGGCAGAGGACGAGGAGGUGAAGAAGAAGGUGGAUGCCAAGAACUCAUUGGAGAAUUAUGCUUACAAUAUGAGAAAUACAGUGAAGGACGAGAAGUUUGCAGGGAAAUUGGGUCCAGCUGAUAAGCAGAAGAUCGAGAAAGCAAUUGAUGAGACUAUUGAGUGGUUGGAAAGGAACCAAUUGGCAGAGGUGGACGAAUUUGCAGACAAACAGAAGGAGUUAGAGGAUUUGUGCAAUCCAAUUAUUGCAAAGAUGUAUCAAGGUGCUGGUGGAGAUAUGCCAAUGGGUGGUGGUGCUGAGAUGCCAAAUAGUGGCUAUGGCAACACUAGCUCUGGUGGUUCCGGUGCCGGACCUAAGAUUGAGGAAGUUGAUUGAGGCCUCAAUGUUGGCAAGCAGGGUGUUCUGUUUUGUCUCUCUGCCCUUCUACUCUGUUUUGGCUUGUUGUGUUUGAAGGAAAUCCCCUGUAAUGUAAAGUAUUAGUUACUGCUAAUGUAUAAGAUAUAUUUCAGUUUGAUAUUAAUCAAUAAAAUAGCUUGAAUUUCCUUUUCC